AUGUACUUACUCGUGUAUGUUGAUGAUCUUAUUCUCACCGGAAAUCAAUCUACCUUACUUACCUCUUUCGUUCAAAGCCUUAACUCUGAAUUUGGGAUCAAGGACUUGGGGAAUCUCAAUUACUUUCUAGGUUUAGAAGUAACUCAUACGGAUUCUGGGAUUGUUAUAAAUCAGACCAAGUAUGCUAUUGAUAUUUUAACUCGUGCAAAGAUGUUGGAUGCCAAACCGGCUCCAACACCUUUAAGCACAAAUGUUUCUUUUGUCUCUGCAGUAUUUGACCAUUACAAGACCAGACCUUUCCUAUGCGGUGAAUCAAGUCAGUUCUUGCAAGCUCCUACCAUUGACCACUUUCAGGAAGUCAAGCGUAUUCUACGCUAUCUUAAAGGAACGGUUUCUUAUGGUCUUCAUUAUAAUCGGGUUCAGUCUCCAUCGAUCAUUGGAUACUCUGACGCUGACUAG